GUUGCUGAACCCUGAACCACAAUGGCGUCAACCGGUGAUUCGACUCCUUCUACCACCGUGGAUGUGGCCCAGUUCACUCAGUCAAUCAAGGGUAUCGACCGUACAUCCUUUGUGUAUGAUGGCGACCGAGUCAAAGCGCUGAGAGAGGCGUACGCUCUGAUCAGUCGCCUGGAGACUUCGUGGGAUACCGUGGCGCGGCUUUGCCUUACAGAGCCUGCCCUGACCGCGGCCCUGAAAGUGAGCCAGGACCUACAGCUCUUCGAGAAAUGGCUCCAAGUAGGAGAACAGGCGGAGCAGUCAACCGCACAGCUUGCUGAACUGACCGGCUCAGACCCCGUCCUACUCGGCCGCAUUCUCCGCCAACUGGCAUCCACCAACAUCAUCAUCGAGGUCUCUGCCGACCACUACAAGCAAUCCGCAUUCAGCAGGUCCCUCCUCGAGCCCGUCUUCGGAGCCUGGAUCCCAUUCUUACACGACACAGUGAACCCCUGCUUCGCCAAAAUGCCCGAAUAUCUCGCCAAGACCAACUACCAGAACCCCACCGACCCCAACGACGGCAUCUUCCAGUACACCAAGAACUUCUCGGGCUCGCUCUUCGACUACUACGCCCAGCACCCGGCCGAGAGCGCCGUCUUCAACAACGUGAUGGGCAGCGUCAUGGCCAAGCAGGCGGGCAUGCUGGACAUCUUCCCCUACGACCGGCUGGCGGACGACCGGCCCGAUGACGAUUCGGAGAUCCCGCUCCUGGUCGACGUGGGCGGCAACGUCGGCCACGACAUGAAUAAGUUUCUGGGCAAGGAGCCCGGCCUCGCGCGACGGCUGGUGCUGCAGGAUCGCCCGGAGGUCGUGCGCCAGGCGAUCUGUCCGGCUGAGGUGCGCGCCAUGGCGCAUGAUUUCUUCACGCCGCAGCCGGUUAAGGGCGCGCGGGCCUACUACCUGCACGGAGUCCUGCACGACUGGUCGGAUGAGCUGGCCCGGCAGAUCCUCGAGCACCUGCGCGAUGCGAUGACCCCCGGGUACAGCACCUUGUUGAUCCACGACCAUGUGAUCCCGGCGGUCGGAGCGCACCCGCAGGCCACGGGCUACGAUCACACGAUGAUGGUGCUCGUGUCGGCGUUCGAGCGCACCGAGGGCAUGUGGCAGGACCUGUUGGCGUCGGUGGGGCUGCGCGUGGUGAAGAUCUGGAGUUCGCCGCUGGCGACGCAGAGUGUCAUUGAGGCGAAGUUGAGUGGGGACCGUUAGGGGGUAUCUGUAUAGGCAUUCGGACAGCUUGAAGCAGCAGUAUGUUAUCUGUGCCGGAAGAAUGAACUGUCAACUUGGCUGGUGCUCAACCCACAGGGCUUGCACGGGCUAUGAUAUGAUUUAUGAGCCUAAUAAUUCACUUUGCUUGCCUGUACAAGAUGGUCCUGGAUGAGAUAUCUUUUGACUGGAGAAUGCACUGCAUACGCCUGGACUGUGGCAGAAAUUGGGCAUAUCACCGAUCCUUCCUACAAUCGUUACACAUGUAAAGACUCAUCACAGAUCUGCCUGCUGAGUAUAACAACACCAUUCGAUCACCAAAUCAAACAAACUCCCGAACUUGGAACCUCAGCAAGAUCAAUUCCAAACAAUUCAAAGGCUAGGGUAUGAGACUGCGAAAACAAGUAAACCACC